AUGUCGUUUGAUCAAGAUGAUAAUUCGGGCAUAUUCCCAGAUCAAAUCAUAUCCAAGAUCCUAACCCGAUUACCCGCAAAAUCAAUUUGCCGUUUCAAAUCCGUUUCGAAACGAUGGAAUUCAAUGAUCUGCAACCCCAAUUUCAUCUCUUCUUACAUCUCUUCGUCUUCUUCAUCAUGGUCAAUCUUCGACAGAUUCAUCCGAGUUAUCCAAGAUGUAAACGAUUCAGUACCCGAGUUCAAGCUUCAAUGGCAGAAACCCCCAAAUGUGAAUAAUCUUACUAUAAACCCUAACAAAAUUGGUGAUGAUACUAAAGAAUUUUGUCUCGAUGGUCUUGCUCCUUCUGCAUUAGUAUUAAAUUCGAGUAAUGGGUUGUUGUUAAUUUCGAUCAAGAUUAAACGAGAACUUUCUGGGAAAUGA